GGUAAUGGUAAAUGAUACAGCCAUGAACAACGGUAGCGACAACGCCGUACGUACUUCCAUCCCUACUCAUUCUAAGUUUUCCCAUGCUCUCUCCCUCUCUCUUUCUUUUUUUCUUCCAGUAGACCACUUCUUCUACAAACAAAUCGCAAGAUCAAUUGUCAAUAAAGACCACUUGGCAUCCUUGUCUCAAUUCUCAAAACAAUCAAAUACCACUCAACUACCAAUCAAUCACACGCAACCAUGAGCUAUUCGAAUAAUUUUGGUUCUUCGAACAAUUCAAUCGACUCAUCCACCAUGAUUAACACGAGUAUUGGUUUCAGAUCCGAUUCACCAUCUCUCCGGGCUCCGGGAUUGUCAUUCAGCUUGGCAAUCCGAUUAAAGAACCCAGAAGCCCUCGAUGAUCCAUACAAGCCACUUCAAUAUCCGCUGGCACCUCCAGAUUACUAUUCUCGUUUAUCUGAAUCUGAGAAUGACGCCGACAUGGAUUGUGAAACUGGAAGUCGUUAUCUUGACAGUAUGGAAGAAGACGAGAGUGAAAGCCAUGGCAUACUUGGAGACUACGAGCCAGUUAUGAUGAGACCUGGGCGCGAAGAGACUCGAGGAAGCAAUUUCAUCAAUUGCCGACAGUGCGAAAUCCCUUUUGAUUACUCGCGAGCAUCUUUGUGGGUACCUGGCUAUAAGCGCGCCGCACCAAAGUCUCUUCAAAUCCCAAAUGAGAACACACAUCCUCAGAUCGUCCGAUGCCCGGAGUGUGCCACAGAGAAUUGCAUGGGCUGCGAGAAUUCUCCUCAUGGAAAUCACUGCUCAUACGCACAAUAUCGCGUUGUCUGGCAUGCUCUGUGCACAGUUGACGAUGCCAUCGUUCAACAUCGUGUGGGGUCUUCCUAUCCAAGAACCAACAAUCCUCUUGAAAUGGCAGUUGUAAAAGCGUUGAAUACUCUGAUUGAGUAUAUUCCGCAAAAUUCUGCCACAUCAUUCGGAUAUUGCGAACUUAUCCGAAAGAGCAUGUUGCUAGAUCAGGUAGCGGUUACGAUUCACAACAUGAGCCAGGAAAAUCGGUUCGACGCCGUCUGCUUACAGUCUUGGGCAUUUAUCCACAUGCUCUCCCAGCGUCAAGAUCUGUACGGCUUGUUAUUCGAAGAGCGAUUGCAGUUAUUGAGAGACCUUUCUCCUGGCGUCAGGGUUUUGGGAUUCCCAGUCGCAUUUUUCACGGUCGAGCAGGUUUUUGAUGCCGAUCGAUAUGCGCCGUUGACCUAUCGUAUCUGGCCCCUGAUACAACAAGGCUAUCAGUCUGCCCACGACUAUUUGUCUUUAGAUGCUCAAAUAAACGAUACAUGGCCAGCUGUAAUGUUGGCCCGACAUAUCGUUCAGCUUCACGAUGACUUAAAAGCUAAGUCGUCCCCACCACCUGAGCUCAUCAGAUUCGUCCAGGGCCAGAAUUUGCAAUCUUUUGCAGCACGUCUUGAAGAGAUGCAUCGAGUUGAGGGGACGCAGUAUGGAGCCGUCCACACAAAUACCAGGACAGUACCAUCAUCUUGGGUUGAGAAGAAGCGUGGCCAAGAGUAUCAGGAAUCUAUCGAGGAAGAACAGGGAGGAAAGCGAAGAAAGGCUACUACUUAGGUAGUGGGAUACGAUUUUGGGAGGAAAUGGCGGUCUGGCAAGUCAUCAGAAGAGCGAUUAAAGAAUUACGGGAGACUACUCAUUGGGAGGAAUAGAUAGAGGAUCUACGUUGAAAGUUUGAAUUAAAGAGAACUUUCAGGUACAAUUUUGAGAUGGUGGAGAGAAUUUUAGAGAUGACAGGAGGCA